GCGAGCCCCGGCAGCCCGGGUAGAGAGUAGAGAAGAGCCGCACAUCGCCGCACGCACACCGCCGCACAUCUCUUGGUUCCCAGGCUGUGAUGAGAACACGCCGUGUCCCGGGAGAAGAGGCGCUGACUUUGCCAUGGUGAAGGAUGAGGACUGCCAUUACAAUGCCUUGUAGCUGCUCUUAGUCGGGCAGGGAUGGCGGCCCGGUGCACGUUGCUGUUGUUGCUGGGCUCGGUGUUGGGGGUGGCUCUAAGCCGGGGCCUGAUUUGUUGGCAUGCCAUCUUGCAGUGCCAGCGGGAGUCUGACUGUAGCUAUGCCUUCAGCCAAUACACCGAGGCUUGUUCUUCAGUCAUAUCCCGCCCGGGAGAAUCUUCCCGUCACCACCGCUGCCCCAGUCAUUGCAUCUCCGCCCUCAUCCAACUCAACUCCACGAAGGGGGGGCCGGCCCUGGAGAACUGUGACUGCGCCGUAGACGACAGCUGCAAAGCCACCAAGCGGGCCAUCGAGCCGUGCAUGCCCUGGACCAGCGGAGCAAGAGUUGGGGGCGGGGCCUCGGCGGCGGGAGGCGGGGCCAUCAUGGGCUGCACGGAAGCCCGCAGACUGUGCGAUGGGGACCGCCGCUGCCAAGCCUCUGUCAACCGCUACAUGAGCAAGUGUGGUCGGCUCUUCAAUGGGGUGCGAUGUACGGACGAGUGCCGGGGGGUGAUCGAGGACAUGAUGCAGGUGCCUAAGGCUCUGCUGCUCAAUGACUGUGUGUGUGAUGGGCCAGAGAGAGCCAUCUGUGAGACCCUCAAGGAGAACAUGGCCCGCCUGUGCUUUGGGGCCGAGCCUGGCAGCAGUGGCAACUCGGACUACGACGAAUACGAGGAUGAGUACGACGAAGAGGAAGAGCCACACCGGGUUGUCACCGGUGACACCAAUAAUGGAUCGCCCACGUUGUACGCUAACGCGCUCACCUUGGGGACUUCCGUGGCACUGGUGCUACUUCUACUGGGGUGACAUGGACGUCUGAUGGGCCAAUGCAUCUACUGUCAACCCCAUCCAGGGGCAGCUGCUGGACAUAGCGCAAGACUUUCAGCUGUCACGUUUGGAACUGAAGGAAAACAAAAAAAAGAUGUCGCUAUAGGACGCAAGAACAUGUGCCCUUUAAGACUGGGCAUACGCUAUGUAGUCUGAUUGUACAUCUGCCAACGACUAUGGGUCUGCCUGUCACCCCGAAUAGAUAGGUCCUACUACAUAGUUGUGGUAAAUCCAAAAUUGAUUGUACAGUCAAGUUGCAUUGUGUUUGGUGACCCUUGGGUUGUCCUACACAAAGUCAUCUGAUCGUAUGAUCUCCUUUAGAUCUGCCAACAAUUAGGUACUCCAAGAACCUGCCUGUCAACCCGAAUAGAUAGGUCCUACGCUAUGUAGUCUGAUUGUACUACUCCUUUACAUCUGCCAACGACUAUGGGUCUGCCUGUCACCCCGAAUAGAUAGGUCCUACGCUAUGUAGUCUGAUUGUACUAUCUCCUUUACAUCUGCCAACGACUAUGGGUCUGCCUGUCACCCCGAAUAGAUAGGUCCUACGCUAUGUAGUCUGAUUGUACUACUCCUUUACAUCUGCCAACGACUAUGGGUCUGCCUGUCACCCCGAAUAGAUAGGUCCUACGCUAUGUAGUCUGAUUGUACUACUCCUUUACAUCUGCCAACGACUAUGGGUCUGCCAGUCACCCCGAAUAGAUAGGUCCUACGCUAUGUAGUCUGAUUGUACUACUCCUUUACAUCUGCCAACGACUAUGGGUCUGCCUGUCACCCCGAAUAGAUAGGUCCUACGCUAUGUAGUCUGAUUGUACUACUCCUUUACAUCUGCCAAUGACUAUGGGUCUGCCUGUCACCCCGAAUAGAUAGGUCCUACUACAUAGUUGUAGUAAAUCCAAAAUUGGUUGUACAGUCAAGUUCCAUUGUGUUUGGUGGUGACCCUUGGGUUGUCCUACACAAAGUCAUCUGAUCGUAUGAUCUCCUUUAGAUCUGCCAACAAUUAGGUACUCCAAGAACCUGCCUGUCAACCCGAAUAGAUAGGUCCUACGCUAUGUAGUCUGAUUGUACUACUCCUUUACAUCUGCCAACGACUAUGGGUCUGCCUGUCACCCCGAAUAGAUAGGUCCUACUACAUAGUUGUAGUAAAUCCAAAAUUGGUUGUACAGUCAGAUCGCAGUGUUUGGUGACUCUUGGGUUGUCCUGCACUAAGUCAUUUGAUCGUAUAAUCUUUAGAUCUGCCAACAAUGAUGUAGUUCAAGAGUCUGCUUGUCUGAGGACAAACCAAAUGGAUCCUACUACAUAGUUCUAAAUCUAAAAUUUGAUUGUAUAGUCAGAUUGCAAUAUGUUUGGUGACCCAUGGGUUGUCAUACACUAAGUCACCUGAACAUAUAAUCUCCCUUAGAUCUGCCAGUGACUAUGUAGUGCAAGGGUCUUCUUGUCAAACCAAAUAGGUAGGUUCUACUGUAUAGUUAUGGUACAUCUAAAAUUGAUUGUACAGUCAGAUUGCAAUGUGUAUGGUGAUCCCUGGUUGUCAUACACAAAGACAUCUGAUCGUAUAAUCUGUAGAUCUGCCAACAACUACGUAGUGCAGGGGUCUGCUUGUCUGAGUACAAACCAAAUAGAUAGGUCCUACUAUAUAGUUAUGAUAAAUCUAUAAUUGAAUGUAUAGUCAGAUUGCAAUGUGUUUGGUGACCCUUGUGCUGUCAUACACUAAGUCAUCUGAUCGUGCAAUCUCUUUAGAUCUACCAAACAACUUGGAUUGAUUUGAGUGCAAAAUCUGGUGCAGCUGUGCAUGGUAGCCAAUCAGCUUCUUCAUAUAAGCUUUGAGAAAAGAAAACUGGA